GUAACAGAUCAGCCGUCCGACCAUCUCGCAUCACGAUCACGCCAAUCACUCACCGACAACCCGUCAAACCGAUCAUACAACUGCAAAGAUGGAUUCCGCAAAGGUCCCAGUCAAGCUCGUAAAGGUCAUUAAGGUCCUCGGCCGCACCGGCUCUCGUGGAGGUGUUUGCCAGGUCCGCGUCGAGUUCAUGGACGACACCACCCGUAGCAUUAUCCGCAACGUCAAGGGACCAGUCCGUGAGGACGACAUCCUCUGCCUCCUCGAAUCUGAGCGUGAGGCCCGCAGACUGAGAUAAGCGUGGAGGACAAAGCAAAACAACGUUGGAGCGGAGCCGGAAUACGAUGGCGGUCACGAUCUGAAGACAAUUCCAGCGCGGUGCCGCGGUAGCACCUGGCGUUAUGGCAUCGGCAUGGGCAUCUAUGCAGUGGUAGAGAUCACAGCGAAAGUCUUCACAAAAUGCGAAUCGGUUCACGCCAGUUUGGAGCCCCAAAUCUAGCACCAUGCAGCUCUUCUUCCGUUCCAAUACCCAAAGACCGGUGUUAGUUGUGAGAUGUGGAAGUACAUGUCGUGUAGAAAUGAUGUCGUG